UAUCGCAUUUGUGUACUUCGUCAUUUCAAACCAGACACUAGCUAGCUCCUUCUUACAAUGAUGAUGAGCUAGCUACUCUGUCAACAUUUUGUUCCGGGGAAGAAUAAUUGUCUCAUAUGAUCCUCAACAGAUAUAUAUAUAGCCGUUUAGUUCAGGGACAGGUUAGACUGAAGUAUGGAAACUUCACACCUCAGCUGUAUCAUCUGCUUGGAGCGAUUCGAUGUCCCAGUCACCAUCACAUGCGGCCACACUUUCUGUCAGAAGUGCAUCACUCUUCACUGGGACACGAAGGCUGCAUGUGGCCUUGACAUACAAUGUCCAAUAUGCAAUUAUACGUUUGAAUCUCGGCCCACCUUAAAACGAAACGUCUCACUGUCUCUUCUGACGGAGACAGCAGCACAUUGUGUCGAGACCAGAGGAGCUAUCCCGGUAUCUCGGCAGAGUAACACAGCAGUCUCACCAGAUGCCGUUUGUAACCGACACAUGAAGCCCCUUGUCAUCUACUGCAAAGUCGAUAGCAAGUGUGUGUGCUACGAAUGUGCAAUCAGGGAGUGCGACAAGCACGAGAAAGUUCUGGUGGAGGUUGAAAAGGGAAAACGAGAGGCAACACUAAAGAAAAAGAGUGGAGAGGUGGAGAAGCACAUGGAGGACACGGUGAAUGGCAUCACCGAGCUGUCGGAGAAUAUUGCCAAAGCCAAGGUGUCCCUGCAACAGACCUCCCAGUGGAUGAAUGCAAAAUUUGCACAACUUGUGAAGGUGCUAGAGGAGAAACAAGAAUCCACAUUGAACUUUAUAGAGCAGGAGAGACAGACUGCUCUCACCCAAGCAGAGGCCCAGCUUGCCACCCUAGAGAACAGGGCUCAGCAACUGAGGGAGACCCAGGGGCAAAUAGCUGCCCUGAAAGCCAUGCCUGACAUCCAAUUUAUUCAGGAAUCAAGGUUAGUGGAGGUCCCACGGAUGACUGAAACCUCUGUGAAUGUCAACGUAAACGUUCAGGACAAACUCACUGCAGUCACAGAGGUGUUGUCUCGAAUCUCCAAGUUGGUGUUGGAGGACUUGGAGAAAGCAGUACAUGCCACUGUUGGGCAGGACAAACAAGGUUCUCCACAGGAUAAGCGUCCCGUGUUGGCAGUAGUGCCAAGCCCUGCCACCCCUUGUUACCCAGCUGCCAAAGAGGGCCUCAGGGAAUUUCACUGUGCGCUGACCUUCGACCCUCGCACAGCCAAUGCUAACCUGCAGCUGUCUCAGGGAAACCAGCGGGCCGAGCACCUCACCUCAGCUCCCCGCCCUGUCCCCGCCCACGAGGCCAGGUUCGACACCACCUGGCAGGUCCUGUGCUUCCAGGGCUUCACCCACGGGCAGCACUACUGGGAGGUGGAGGUAUCCAAACCUUGGGCCUACCUGGGGGUAACCUACCAGGGCAUCCCCCGCAAAGAGAAGGGCAAGCGCUGCAUGGUGGGCAUGAACGAGCUGUCCUGGAGCCUGCAGCUGGACGAGAGGCAGCUGAGCGCCUGGCACAACGGCAGGAAGGAGGCGGUGGCCGGGCUGCCCCAGCAGCACAGGAUUGGCAUGCUGCUGGACUACGAGGCCGGGACGCUCACCUACUAUGGUGACGGCCAGGCCCGCCUGCACGCCUUCCACUGUGCCUUCUCCCAGGAGCUCUUCCCUGCCUGCUGGAUCGGAGAGGGGGUGAGCGUGACCCUGUGUCCUCCAUGACAGGACCCCCGACCGACCGGCCAGCGCGGCAGCCUCAGUGCCCACGUUUGAAAUGACGUUCUCUUUCUGUGGUCUUCCCUCCUUCUUUCUUUUAGCGCAGGGGUUCCCAAUAGAUGGCCGAUGGGCCACACCAGGCCCGCCAGGCGUUUUAAUGUGGCCUGGCAAAUGUCUGAAUUAAGCUUGAAAAAAAACAAAAAAACACAUACUAUGUAGUUUCUCCUAAGACAAUAGUGGCAGCUUUUCUGAAAUUUGGAGCACAGAGGACUUCAUGAAAUAAACCGCCAAUCGGUUACAUACACGGGAAGCAAACGCUAUCCCACAACUAGCCGCACAUAACAGGCAGCUGUGGCAACCUAUAGCUUGCAAACUUUUAAAUGGAAUCUAAAAGGGGGAAAGUCAAUGUAAUAAAAAGAAACAAAAUUACGAGCUAACACCUUCACCAGUGCUUUGUGUUUGAAAGUGUCAAAACACCAAGUCAUGUCUGCAUGGUGAUGGUGGGCCCUCCAAGUCAUUUGAAUCCUGGAAAGUGGACUGGGCAGAAAAUUCAUUGGGAACCCCUGUUUUAGCGUGAUGUUUGUGGCAUUAAUAGAAGUCAUUACAUUCCUAAAAGGGAAACCUAUCCUUCUUUAAGUAUGAAUUAAUAGGUGGCUCAAAGAUAUUAGACCCCUCGUCUGGUCUGUAGUGCUGAGAUCGUUGGACUUUCACAUCUUGCGGUACAAAUUUCAGCAUGGUCAUCUUGCAUGAUGCUUUGACUGAGCCAAGAAAAAAUGUAAAAGCACAUUAUGGACCCUGUGGAAACUGCUCAGUGGACCUUGGACAGGAGCCUUUUGGACUUUGUACAUGAAUUUGCACAACAUAGUCUUUGGCAUGAGCUGAUGACAUUUCAACUUACUAAAAUGAGAUAAGUGUUCUGGUGAACCACGUCAUUGUGUCUAUUUACUUGACAAAAUCCUGCUCAAAUCGAAUCUGAUUAUGGCAUCUGAUUGAAACAAUCAGACUUACUACUGGAAUAUGCUGGGAUCCGAUGUGGACAAUACCGCCAGGGCUUGAGAAAAAAAUAAAUAACUGAAGAAAAUUCUUCACACAAAUUCAGUUUAUUAAAAUCCAAUCGUACGCACAGUACAAGUUUCACGAUUUAAA